AUGCGGUUUACUCUUCUCCUCGUCCUCGGCGCUCUCGCGACCACUGUCUGCGCAGACACUACCGAAUUUAAACUCUUCAGAGGCGGCGAGACCGUCCUCCCCCUCCCCCUUCACGGCAUUGUGGCUAGUAUCAUCGACGCCGAUGCCACCGCCACCACCCUCGCCUUGAACUGCAAAGACCACUGCGACUUCAUUAAGCCCGCGACAAUCACCCAGGGCCCGUCGACCUAUACUGUCAGCGCCGAGUUCUCGACCAGCAGAGCCGGUGCCUCCGAAGCGAUCACUGUGGUGGAGGGCUGCGACAUUACCUCGUCCACGCAGCGGGCCUAUUGCUCGGCCUCCUUCGACAUCGACAUCUCAAUCAUGGGGAACACGGCCUCGACCUCAUCAACCAUCACGACAACGCUCGCCCCGGACGAAUUCAAUUACGUUGUGGUGUCCGUGACUGCGGGAGCAGAGAAGUUGGCUGCGCCCAAGGUUACAGCGUCGGCUAAGACGACAGCGACGGGGACGGGGACGGGGACGGCAACAGGAACGGUGGCCGCGACGGCGACUAGCACGACGACCUCUUCAGGAUCUGCGAACACAAAUGGUGCGGUGGCUGGUUCGGAGCAGAUUGGGCUGGGUCAGGCUGUGGUGGCGGCUUUUGCUGCUGCUUUCAUGGGAUUUUUCUAG